AUGUGUGUGUUGACUGUUCCCCCCCACCACCCACCCAGGCUCCGUGCACUAUCCAGUGGGGGGAGUGUGACGUCCCCCCCGCCUUCUCCCGCCAUGCCAAAGUACAAGCUGGCCGAGUAUCGCUACGGCCGAGAGGAGAUGUUAGCACUUUAUAUCAAAGAGAACAAGGUGAGCAGGAGGAAGCCACACCGUGCUCAGUUUCAUUAAAUGGGUGCUUACAAAGGUCAAGAUGAAGUCUUAGGACUUCUGCUGCUGUUGCUACUGUAGCUCAAUUGGUAGAGCAUGGCGCUUGCAACGCCAGGGUUGUGGGUUCGAUUCCCACGGGGGGCCAGUAUGAAAAUGUAUGCACUCACUAACUGUAAGUCGCUCUGGAUAAGAGCGUCUGCUAAAUGACUAAAAUGUAAAUGUACUACUAUACUACUGUUACUACUACUGUUACUACUACUACUACUACUACUACUACUACUGCUGCUGCUGCUGUUGUUGUUGCUACUGCUGUGCUACUACUGUUACUGCUACUACUACUGCUACUGUUGCUACUACUACUACUAGUGCUGUUGCUACUACUACUACAAGUGCUGCUGCUACUGAUAAUACUACUAGUGCUGCUGCUACUGAUACUACUACUAGUGCUGCUGCUACUGAUACUACUACUACUACUAAUAGUGCUGCUACUACGACUAUGGCUGCUGUACUACUGCUGCUAGUGCUGCUGCUGCUACUACUACUAGUGCUGCUGCUACUACUACUACUAGUGCUGCUGCUACUACUACUACUACUAGGCUGCUGCUACUACUAGCUGUCCUCUGUAGCUCAGCUGUAUCACACUGGCUGUAACUACAAGUAGUGCGUAUCGCUCCGGACCUACCAUACUACAAAUGCUUGCUACGCAUGACUGUAGUCUGCUUUGCUAUAAAGCGUGCUGCUAUGGCAUAUACUAUUGCUCUAUUAUUGACUACUACUUAACUAGUGCUGCUGCUACUACUACUACUAGUGCUUGCUGCUGCUGUACUACUACUAGUGCUGCCUGCAUACUACUAGUGCUGCUGCUACUACACUACUAGUGCUGCUGCUACUACUACUAGUGCUGCUGACUACUACUACUACUGUACUACUGCUACUACUAGUGCUGCUGCUACUACUACUACUACUACUGCUACUACUAGUGCUGCUGCUACUACUACUAGUGCUAGUCUGUACUACUACUACUAGUCUACUACUACUACUAGUGCUGCUGUACUACUACUAGUGCUGACUUACUACUGCUACUAUCUAGUGCUGCUACUACUACUAGCUACUACUAGCUGCUACUACUACUAGUGCUGCUGCUACUACUACACUAGUGCUAGUGCUGCUGCUACUACUACUAUCUACUACUACUACUACUACUGCUACUACUCUAACUACUGCUACUACUAGUGCUGCUGCUACUACUAAUUGCUGCUACUACUCUAGUGCUGCUGCUACUACUACUACUAGUGCUAGUCUGUACUACUACUUAUACUACUACUAGUGCUGCUGCUACUAACUACUACUAGUUGCUGCUGCUACUAGUGUGCUGACUACUACUACUAGUGCUGACUGCUACUACUAGUGCUGCUAGUGCUACUGCUACUAGCUACUACUCACUAGUGCUGCUACUACUGACUCUACUACUACUAGUGCUGCUGCUACUACACUACUAUCAGUGCUGCUGUUUACUACUACUACAUACUACUAGUCUGCUGCUACUAGCUACUACUACUAUACUACUACUAGUGCUGUGCUACUACUACUAGUGCUGCUGCUCUACUACUACAUACUACUUGCUACUACUAGUGCUGCUGCUACUACUAUACACUAGUGCUAUGUGCUUGCUGCUGCUAUCUACUAGGUAGCUUGUUUGCUGCUACUACUACUAACAUACUAGUGCUGCUGCUACUACUACUACUACUGCUGUCUACUACUACUACUACUACUGCUAGUGCUGCUGCUCUACUACUAUUGCUGCUACUCUACUAUUACUGCUAGUUGUGCUUGCUACUACUACUACUAGCUGCUAUUUGCUUGCUGCUGCUACUACUACUAUAUAGUGUGCUGCUGCUACUUACUACUAGUGCUGCUGCUACUACUACUAUGCUGGCUACUCACUAGGCUGACACUACUAGUGCUACGCUGGCUCUCUACUAUGUGCUGCUUACUUCUACACUCUACGCUACUACUAGUUUCUACUACUAAUGCUGCUGCUACUACUCUGCUUGCUGUGCGGUACUUCUACUACUGUUGCUACUACUGCACUACUACUAGCUGCUACUCCUGCUGUUGUACUACUACUAGUACUACUGCUUCUUGUUACUACUGCUAUUAGGGCGGCAGGUAGCUUAGCGGUUAGAGCAUUGGGCCUGUAACCGAAAGGUAGCUGGUUCGAAUACUUGAGCCAACAAGGUUAAAAGUAUGUCGAUGUGCCCUUGAGCAAGGCACUUAACCCUAAAUAACACCAGGGCGCUGUACUACUAUGGCUGACCCUGUAAAACAACACAUUUCACUGCACCUAUCUGGUGUAUCUUCCCUUUUUUUUUUGCUACUGCUGUUAUUACUAUUGCUGCUGCUGUUACUACUACUGCUGCUACUGCUACUACUUAUACUACUGCUACUAAUACUACUUAUGCAUUGAAGUCCAGGAGUAGGCUUAACCUGGGUCCCUGCAACCUGCCGUAAUUGUGAAAUGACAUGUAAUAGUGGUAUGACUGAUUCAUGUGAGGUUAUGCUAUAGUUGUGAAGUGUCUGUGUUGUUAACUUCCCCAUAUUAAGUAGAGUUUGUUUACAUUGUGUUGCUGUUGUGUUCUCUGUUGUUGUGUCCAGGCCCCAGAGGACAUGCAGGAUAAGGAGUUUGCUUCUAUUCUGCAAGAUGAGCCCAUGCAGCCGCUGGCACUGGAGCCACUCACUGAGGAGGAGCAGGUCAGACGGACACACACACACACACACACACACACCUGUCUCAAACUGUUGGUCGUACAAGCUGCCAAACACACAAAUCUAUAUUUUUCAGUCUGAGCGACAUAUACUUGAUCACACCCAACUGACAUUCCCUACAUUCUUUCAUUCUCCUUUCAGAGGAACUUCUCCAUGUCUGUGAACAGUGUGGCUGUGCUGAGGCUCAUGGGUAAAGGAGGGGGAGUUGCCCCAGCGGGCGUGGCCCGAGGCAGAGGCACCACGCGAGGAGGAGGCCGAGGUGAGACACUAUCAAUAAUUGCUCCCUAGACACUGAUCUAUGAACAGUUCUGCGUUUUGCCACUAAUGAUUUAAGGUUAGGAUUUAUCAAUCAAAUGAAUUUAUAAACCCCUUUUUACAUCAGCAGAUGUCACAGUGUGCUUAUACAGAAACCCAGCCUAAAACCCCAAACAGCAAGCAAUGCAGAUGUAGAAGCAUAGGAGGGUAAGCUGAUCCUAGAUCUGUGCCUAAGGGCAACUUUUACCCAGAGCACAUGAUCACAGGAGCAAUGAGCUCCAGCAAUGAGCUCAAGCCAUAACAAUUUCAGUCUAGGGAACGGAAAAGCCAGACUUAUUUAAGGCAGACUUUUGCUUGUGUGACCUCAUCUGAUAACUGUGAUUCUUCUUGGACCUGUCCAAAUAGUCCAUUUGUCAGGACACACCUGUCUUGGACUGCCUUGCUUAUGUACUUUACCUUGUUAAACUCUCAGUACUUACAGUACUGUAUUCAGACCCCUUGACCUUUUCCUCAUUUUGUUACAUUACAGCCUUUCUAAAAAGGAUAAAUAAAUUAAAAUCCUCAUCAAUCUACACACAAUACCCCAUAAUGACAAAGCGAAAACAGGUUUUUAGAAUUUUUUGCAAAUUUAUAUUUAAAAAAGAAUAUACCUUAUUUACAUAAGUAUUCAGACCCUUUGCUGUGAGACUCAAAAUUGAGCUCAGGUGCAUCCUGUUUCCAUUGAUCAUCCUUGAGAUGUUUCUACAACUUGAUUGGAGUCCACCUGUGGUAAAUUCAAUUGAUUGAACAUGAUUUGGAAAGGCACACACCUGUCUAUAUAAGGUCCCACAGUUGACAGUGCAUCUCAGAGCAAAAACCAAGUCACGACGUCGAAGGAAUUGACCGUAGAGCUCCGAGACAGGAUUGUGUUGAGGCACAGAUCUGGGGAAGGGUACCAAAAAAUGUCUGCAGCUUUGAAGGUCCCCAAGAACACAGUGGCCUCCAUCAUUCUUAAAUGGAAGAAGUUUGGAACCACCAAGACUCUUCCUAGAGCUGGCAGCUGGCAAAACUGACCAAUCUGGGGAGAAGGGCCUUGGUCAGGGAGGUGACCAAGAACCCAAUGGUCACUCUGACAGAGCUCCAGAGUUCCUCUGUGGAGAUGGGAGAACCUUCCAGAAGGACAACCAUCUCUGCAGCACGCCACCAAUCAGGCCUUUAUGUGGCCAGACGGAAGCCCACACCUCAGUAAAAGGCACAUGAAAGCCCGCUUGGAGUUUGCCAAAAGGCACCUAAAGGACUCUCAGACCAUGAAAAACAAGAUUCUCUGGUCUGAUGAAACCAACAUUGAACUCUUUGGCCAGAAUGCCAAGCGUCAAGUCUGGAGGAAACCUGGCCACCAUCCCUACGAUGAAGCAUGGUGGUGGCAGCAUCAUGCUGUGGGGAUGUUUUUCAGGGAGUGGGAGUCUAGUCAGGACCGAGGGAAAUAUGAACGGAGCAAAGUACAGAGAGAUCCUUAAUGAAAACCUGCUCCAGAGCACUCAGGACCUCAGACUGGGGCGAGGUUCACCUUCCAACAGGACAACAACCCUAAGCCCACAGCCAAGACAACACAGGAGUGGCUUCGGGACAAGUCUCUGAAUGUCCUAAGUGGCCCAGCCAGAGCCCGGACUUGAACCCGAUCGAACAUCUCUGGAAAUAGCUGUGCAGCGACACUCCCAAUCCAACCUGACAGAGCUUGAGAGGAUCUGCAGAGAAGAAUGGGAGAAACCGGUGUGCCAAGCUUGUAGUGUCAUACCCAAGAAGACUCGAGGCUGUAAUCACUGCCAAAGGUGCUUCAACAAAGUACUGAGUAAAGGGUCUGAAUACUUAUGUAUAUGUGAUAUUUAAGUUUUUAAAAUAAUAAUCAUUUCAGGGUUUUUCUUUAUUUUUACUUUUUUAUACAUUUUAGAAUUAAUAGUGAAGACAUCAAACUAUGAAAUAACACAUGGAAUCGUGUAGUAACCAAAAAACUGUUAAACAAAUAUAAAUAUAUUUGAGAUUUGAGAUUCUUCAAAUAGCCACCCUUUGCCUUGAUGCCAGCUUUGCACACUCUUGGCAUUCUCUCAACCAGCUUCAUGAGGUAGUCACCUGGAAUGCAUUUCAAUUAACAGAUGUGCCUUGUUAAAAGUUAACUUGUGGAAUUUCUUUCCUUCUUAAUGCGUUUGAGCCAAUCAGUUGUGUUGUGACAAAUUAGGUGUGGUAUACAGAAGAUAGCCCUAUUUGGUAAAAGACCAAGUCCAUAUUAUGGCAAGAACAGCUCAAAUAAGCAAAGAGAAACGACAGUCCAUUACUUUAAGACAUGAAGGUCAGUCAAUACGGAACAUUUCAAGAACUUUGAAAGUUUCUUCAAGUGCAGUCGCAACAACCAUCAAGCGCUAUGAUGAAACUGGCUCUCAUGAGGACCGCCUACAGGAAUAGAAGACCCAGAGUUACCUCUGCUGCAGAGGAUAAGUUGAUUAGAGUUACCAGCCUCAGAAAUUGCAACCCAAAUAAAUGCUUCACAGAGUUCAAGUAACGGACACAUCUCAACAUCAACUGUUCAGAGGAGACUGUGUGAAUCAGGCCUUCAUGGUCGAAUUGCUGCAAAGAAACCACUACUAAAUAAUAAGAAGAGACUUGCUUGGGCCAAGAAACACGAGCAAUGGACAUUAGACCGGUGGAAAUUUGUUCUUUGGUCUGGAGUCCAAAUUGGAGAUUUUUGGUUCCAACCACCGUGUCUUUGUGAGACGCGGUGUGGGUGAACAGAUGAUCUCUGCAUGUGUGGUUCCCACCGUAAAGCAUGGAGAAGGAGGUGUUAUGGUGUGGGGGUGCUUUGCUGGUGACACUGUCUUAUUUAUUUAGAAUUCAAGGCACACUUAACCAACAUGGCUACCACAGCAUUCUGCAGCGAUACGCCAUCCCAUCUGGUUUGGGCUUAGUGGGACUAUCAUUUGUUUUUCAACUGGACAAUGACCCAACACACCUCCAGGCUGUGUAAGGGCUAUUUUCCCAAGAAGGAGAGUGAUGGAGUGCUGCAUCAGAUGACCUGGGCUCCACAAUCCCCCGACCUCAUCCCAAUUGAGAUGGUUUGGGAUGAGUCGGACGGCAGAGUGAAGGAAAAGCAGCCAACAAGUGCUCAGCAUAUGUGGGAACUCCUUCAAGGCUGUUGGAAAAGCUUUCCAGGUGAAGCUUGUUGAGAGAGUGCCAAGAGUGUGCAAAGCUGUCAUCAAGGCAAAGGGUGGCUAUAAAAUAUAUUUUGAUUUGUUUAACACUUUUUAUUUGGUUACUACAUGAUUCCAGUACUUAUGUACUAUACCUUGUUAAACGCACAGUACUUAUGAAUGUGCACCGUGCUUACACAGCGUUGUUUGCAUAUGAAUCUCAAGUGUGUCCGGUCUGGUGCAGUGGAGGAAAUGACAGUUGGAGUGUUUGUGUGAUUUUCAUUGUGUGUGUGUUCUUGUUCCAGGGCGAGGUCGUGGAGAGAGUGGAGGGUUCUACCAAAGAAGUAUUGAGGACGGAGAGGUAGGCUUCGGCCGUGGAGCCAGAGAGAUGCACCGCAGCCAGAGCUGGGAUGACAGGUGAAAAACACACAUUAUUGCUUUUAAGUUUGAGUUAGUGAGGCUUGACAAAUAUAUUUGUAAUUAAACACUGUAGAGAAGUGGUUUCCAACUUGUGGUCUGCGAACCAUCCGCGAGGGUACUUCAGGUGGUCCGCAAAUUUCUUUAAAUGUAUUAUGUUUCUUAGUUUAAAAAAAAGAAAGAAAAUAAAAAAAGUAUUAUAAGGAAAUGUACAUUACUUUUCACACUGCAAAUAGAUUCAUAAUAAUAUACCUUUAAUUUAUUACAUUCACUGCUAAAAUGGACUCAAUUUGACCGCCAAGAUAUUUAAUAAUAAUAAUACAAAUUACCCACAACUCGGCGAAUGGUGGUCCUCAAGCUUUUGAUGUUGAUUUGGUGGUCCCCGGAACGGAAAAGGAACCGCUUCUGUAGAGGCAAGCGAGUCGAUCCAUUCGUCAUUCCUGAUCUCUCUUUCCUCCCUUCUCUCCCUCCCUCUUUCCCCAGGGGCGAGAGGCGAUUUGAGAAGCCUGUGCGUGCCAGGGAGGGGGUACGUGUUGGCUUCGAGGAGGCGACCGGUGUCCCAGUGCCUGGGGUACCGAGGAAGGACUACACACGGUCGGACAGUGAGAACUGGCGUACCCUCCGAGAGGAGCAGGAGGAAGAGGAGGGGGCCGACCCCGGGGGCAGCUGGAGACUGGCCGGAGCACGGAGAUUAGAUGGUAGGAAACUAUGCAAACACACACAUUAUUUCCCAUGUCAGUUUAGCUGUAAGAGAAACUGUAGAUUUUGCUGAUUGUAUCACUCAUGGAAUUCUCCUCCUAAUAAUAAUAAUAAUAAUAAUAAUAAUAAUAAUAAUCCUCCUCUCCCCCUCCCUCUCUCUCUCUCUCCCUCCUCCUUCUCUCAGACGGAGGUCCAAGGUCAGCAGGCUGGCGGGAGCACGACUGUCUGGUUGAGGGGCGUCGCAGGAAGUUUGAGUUUGACUUCAGCGGGGGUCGCAGGCGGGCCGGGAGCGAGGGGUUAGAGGACGACAGAGACGGACUGCCUGAGUGGUGCACUGAUGAAGAGGAAGGAGAGAUGGGCACCUUUGACGCUUCUGGGGCCUUCCUCCCCAUAUCCAAGGUAGUGUGUGUUAGUGUUGGUAUGUGUGUUAAGUGGUGGUCCUCUGUAGCUCAGCUGGUAGAGCACGGCGCUUGUAACGCCAGGGUAGUGGGUUCGAUCCCCGGGACCACCCAUACACAAAAAUGUCGCUUUGGAUAAAAGCGUCUGCUAAAUGGCAUAUUAUUAUAUUAUAUAAGUGCGUGCGUGCAAGGAGGUUGUCUACAAAUAUGCCCGUGUUUCUGUGUCUCAGUCAUCUAGUUAUUCUGUGAAUUCAGUUGAAUAUUCAGAAAAUCGUAACUCUUACUCUCUCCGUGUCUUUCUGUCUUCGAUCUCUCUCUUGCGGAAGGGUGGAAAGGAGGAGGAAUUUGACUUCCAGGGAAUAG